GGAGGAGGAAGGCGCUGGCGGGCAGUGAUGGCGGCGGGUGAUGGGGACGUAAAGCUAAGCACCCUGGGGAGCGGCGGGGAGCGUGGCGGCGACGGGAGCCCGGGUGGCGCGGGAGCGACGGCAGCGAGGAGCAGUUGGGUGGCAGCGCUGCUGGCGACGGGCGGGGAGAUGCUGCUGAACGUGGCGCUGGUGGCGCUGGUGCUGCUGGGGGCCUACCGGCUGUGGGUGCGCUGGGGGCGGCGUGGUCUAUGCUCGGGACCCGGAGCGGGCGAGGAGAGCCCGGCCGCCACGCUGCCGCGCAUGAAGAAGCGGGACUUCAGCCUGGAGCAACUGCGCCAGUACGACGGGGCGCGCACGCCGCGCAUCCUGCUCGCGGUCAAUGGGAAAGUCUUCGACGUGACCAAAGGCAGCAAGUUCUACGGCCCCGCGGGCCCAUAUGGCAUCUUUGCUGGCAGGGACGCCUCCAGGGGACUGGCGACCUUCUGCCUGGAUAAGGAUGCACUUAGAGAUGAGUACGAUGACCUCUCAGAUUUGAACGCAGUGCAGAUGGAGAGCGUUCGAGAGUGGGAAAUGCAGUUUAAAGAAAAAUAUGAUUAUGUAGGCAGACUCCUAAAGCCAGGGGAAGAGCCAUCAGAGUACACAGACGAGGAGGACACCAAGGAUCACAGUAAACAGGACUGAACUUUGUGAACAACCAAAGCCAGGGGCCUUCAGAACUGCAACUCGUACCCCUUUGAGAGAAUGUCCAGUCUGGCUGUGAUGCUCCUGCUGUGAGAACCAUUUCACCAGAGUGUACAAGAUACUAUGCCCAACUGUGAAGAUCUGAAUAUGAGGCAUUGCCUGUGCUGCCUGCCGGUGAACCUGUUGCAGUUGUUUGUGAUGUCUGGUGGGCUUCAUCACCCUGAAAAGGAGACAGGACCUUCUCAACAGCAAGAAAGUCACCGGGUUAUUUUACCCCUCCUCUCCUCUCAGUUUUCUUCCCUUCCUUCCUCCUCUUCCUCCUCCUCUUCCUUCUCUUCUUCUUCCUCUCUCCCUCUCUCUCCCUCCCCCCACCUCUCUGUCUUCCUUUCUUUCCCCCACCCCUCCCAUGUCUUUCUUUUAAAACAAAACAAAAAAGUAUCAAAGACAACCAGAUAGGUAUUUGCUACUCAGUGUGCAGAUCUCUGGAAGGAGCAAGGGAUCCUGUUUCACAGGCUGUGUUUUAUUUGUGUUAAGGGAAGAGCCCUGGGCAGGGGAGAGGGGGUCACAUAUUCAUUUAAGAAGUUCAGGCUACUGAAACAUUUAAACGUGAAUUCCCAAACUUUUCUUUCGGGGCUUUGUCAGGGAAGAGGGAAAAAUGUCCUUCUAAGAAAGAUUUGAAAGAGGGAUUUCCAGUAGAUUAAAGUCAACAGUUCCCAGCUAAGAUAAUUUGAAACCAGUUUUAUUUCUUUCCCUUCCUUCCGCUAGGUCAAAACAAUAUUAAUUGUGCCUUAUUUCACUUCCAUAAACUUGAAUUACUUUUUGGGAAAGCCCCUCUGAAUUGAGAAGUCACUACAAGCAGCAUUGAGACUGAGGCUGAUGUCAUUGUGUGUAGAGUGGAGGAGGAGUGCUCAGUGUUAACUGCCAUGUGUUAGUGCACAAACAUCGCUAGCAUCGUGAUGGCCAAAUGCAUCCCUGUGCUUUUUUCUUUUCCAAGAAAGAUUGAAAAACCAACAGUUCUUCCCCAACAGCUGCCUAAAUUUUAGGGGUCUGACCCUCACAUGUCACUGGUGUGAGUGAGUGGGGCCGCGCGGUAUGAAUGUCUGUGUGAGUGAGUCUGGAUGUCUGUGAGAGCACCUUGGGAGGGACUCUUCCUGCAAUGCUGUAAAUACGAGUACCGUUUUAAUAAAGCAUGUACAAUAAACCAAAUCAGCUCGAGUUGGACUCUAAAUGCAGAGCCGUGAGCCAGUGUGUCAUAUACUAAUAAGACUGCAUUUAAUUCAGGAUGAGGGGAAACCACCUUAAAAAUGAAAAUCGGGCCCUGAUUAGCCACGCUGUACAUGCCCCAUGCUCAGUGUAAUUUCCACGCAGGUCCACCUUGGUGGAUGGUUCAGGUAAGAAGGGAUAUUACAGUACACAGUGUGCUCCGGCUUUGCUGCCACCGUGGGCGAUAGACGCACCAGCCUUCCAAGCAGGAACUGACAUAAACACAGUAUUGUGCCCAUAGUCGGUAAAUCCCUUUCUUGUUAGUUGAAAAGGUUCUAUUUCAAAGCCUGCUUAGGUCAGGUUUUGACUUCGUUAUGAUGGAUUCUUGGUCGAGGACAAAUUGCGCUCACAGAGAAAAGCCCCAAAUAGGUGACGUUGAAAGACGUGUUUUUUAUAUAUAUCUCCUCUGAUGUAGUAAUUGGUGUAUCUGAACCAUUGAGCCUGAAGGUUGAUAAUCUGCAUUUGUGAGAAGCCCCAGGUAUUCAUGCAGUAAAAACAAUACAUUUUUUGUUUUUUAAAAGGAAGUGGUUUUGUGUUUUGGACUUUAAAUAAACUGUGUUCUGUAGAUAACUUCUUACUUCCAGUCAGAUGUCUCAUUGUUAGGUAGUGUGGUGCCCUGUCCUGGGGGCUCUGUAACUGGCAUGGUUCCCACAUUGCCUGAUUGGUAGGGGUUUUAAAACAUGGGGCUUUUUUUUUCUUCUUUUUUUUAUCCUUCAGUGUUAAAAUUCAAACCCACAUAUUGCUCAACCAUUUAGCUACAUCCCCAGCUCCAAAGUAUACGUUCUUCUUUUCUACUGAGCCUAAAUCUGUUUGCGAUUCCUCCAAUCAUGCUUAAGAUUGGAUAUGUUUGAGAAACACUGCAUUCAUCUUUUAAAGUUGUGUGGUCCAUAUUUGCCAUACAAUAAAAAUGGAACUUAUAAUUUGUGUCUAA